GGCUGCGUAGUUAAGAAGUUCUUACUCUACGAACGAUCUUGGCAGACAGAAACAAUGUGUGUGUAUCGAGAGAAAACCAAAACAAAUCGUUUUGUUAUAUGUGACUAUCCCGCCAGAAAUGCCGUAGACCCCGUUGGAAAGAUGAAAUACAUGACACUAAUGUUUACACCACUUACGAUAUAAGAAAAUAAAUAAUAAAUGGCAGUCUGCUGGAGAUUGAAAUUCUUAGGUUUAAAUAUUUGUUUCUUUUGUAAAUAUUUAAAAUGACCGAAUUUAGGCUCUCAUCUAUUAUGUCCUUAAAAUCGCCACACUAUUUAACAUUUGACAGCUAUUGGGAAAACAAAAAUCUAGUUUUUUUUUAUUGAAGAUAUUAAACAAAAAUAACGUGAAUAUGAGUGCCUUCUCAGACGGUUUCAGUAGCAUAUCAGUUUUCUACUUGUACUACUACUACUAUUACUAUGAGAAGAGUUUCCUAAUUAAUUUUUUACUCAGUCUUUCUUUCUCCAUUUUCUGGAAGAAAGAAUGCUGUGAGUAAUAACCCACGACCCUUCUUAUGACACAACAAAACCGAUAUUUCGAAAAAGAGACAAGAAAAUAGAGAAAAUAAAAGAAUUGACCUUUGUGCUUGGUUAUUGACCGGAAUGAGAUUUGAAAUCAGAACACAGCGAGUCGGAAUAGAUACCACAAAGCAAUGCUUCUCACAGAUAGAUCUACGAUGACUGAAAAGGACCGGACAAAUUGCCAUGCCUAAUACCAUGGUGAAGAUAUUAUGUGGGUGCAUACGUUAUUUAUUUCAUAAAGAUUGAGCGAAAAGAGGAUGUUUUUACUUUUUUUAUUUUAUUUUCGGGGAAUGAGGAAUAGACUUAUUUGAAAGCAUGGACACAACUGUUCCGACCCUCGAACAAUUCUGCAAACUCACCUGCCGGUGUUCCUUUAGUCUUCCGACCGGAAAUUUAUUGUAUUGGAGAUAAUUUCUAGUCGUCACCCUAGUUACUUUAGCAACAGCAACAAAGGACUUAAGAGAUCGGUUCCGAGAUGGAAUGUCAUGCUAACAAAUUUUAUGUGAAACAAAAUGAAUUAAUUUCUCUCAUACGCCAAAGUGAAAGGGAGAGAGUUAAUUUGGAAAUGCAACUAUGUGAAUUAGAUACACCUAAAUCAAAACAUGUAAAAAAUAAAGCAGCGCUGAUCAAGUCAAGGCUAAAGAACCUUUAUGAAGAAGAAAGAAGCUCUAAGAAGCGGAAUGCCAAAAUUAUGCGACGUCUAAAUAAUAUGGAACUUUCUCUUGAAGAUUUGCUGUCUUGUUCCGAUAAACUGAAACAAUUAAAGGUUGAUUGCAGAAAGAUAAUUGCAAGAGAUUAUCCAAACUGGAAACAAUAUGCUAAUGAGUUGGAGAAGCAAGUGAUGUUAUUUUGUCAUGGGAGGAAUCCUGAGCUUAACCAAAACCAACCAACUGAUGUGGCAGCUACAGAAGGAUUUCCAAGACAGAGGGACAACAAACUUGAAAGUAAAUCCUAUUUUGGUCAGUACCAACCAAAUGUGGUGGUAACAUCAGAAAAAUUUCAAGGACAGGCAAACAACAGAUAUGAUCCUGAGGUUGUGCCAGUUAAGCAGAAUUAUGACGGGGAUCAUCUAUUAAUGCAAUGUAAUGAAUAUCAUCUGCAAAAUCCCAAUAGUGUAGUCACACCAAAUGGUUUUGAGUUUUUCCUGUCAGAAGUAAAUGUACACACUUACAAAGAGAAGCGGCCCAACUAUACUCGGUCUAGUUUAGAGAUGCCCUCCAGAUAUCCACAAGUUUCAAAGCACCCAGAUGGAACUGUAUCGUUUUUAGGUGAAGCAAAAGAACAACUUAUUAAAGCUGAUAAUGUUCAAUUUAUUAAGCAGGGAGUGAAAGAACAAGAUGCUGCACAGACAGACAGGCCACCAAUUAUAUCAAAAGUAAAAGCUCCUGAGCUGUUGAAGUCUGUAUCUUUCAAAAUGAUGCCAGAAGUCAAGAGUACAAGUGCCUUUGAGAAGAAAACAGAUUUUGCAAGUUUACAGAUGCUACAUCAUAAAGAUAAGAACGAUGAAAUGUCUGCAGAAGGCCAGAGUUCAGACAAGCGAAGACUAAAACCAGAUCUCAGCAAACUUGAGCUAACAGGAGAAUUUGAUUCACAAAAUUUGUAUGGAGCAAAUGCCAAAACGUUUACAAAAAGUCAGCCUGUGAGCGCUCCAGAAAAUAUUUCUGGAAAUAUUGCGGGGCCUGUGAGUGAGAACAAACACAUUACUGAUGCUGCUGCCGAGGAUACUGAAUUUGGUAUAAACAGUCUUCCGGAGCAGUUAGUUCGUUGUCCAACUGCUACGUCUAAAUCAGUUGAAUCCAUCAGUGAUAGCUUUGGCAUUGCCAACAGGUCAUCAGAGAUCAGUGAUGAUCCAUCAGACAUUAGUGACUUUGGAACCGAAGAAGGUCUACUGACAGACACGAAUGAUGCUGAGCUAAAUGUUAAACCUGUUGAUGCUGUGGCUUCUGACAGCAGCCUCUUUGGAAAUGAAUGGCGCUCACAAACUUUGAGUCUGAAUGGUCUGACUGUGUUGCUAGAUAUUAUUGAAGAGACUUUCCACUCUGCUAAAUGGAAUAAGGACAAAUAUUAUCGCACAGUUCAAACUCUAGACAGGGGUGUACAGGAUAUUAUCAAAGCUGCAAACACUGGUAACAAAGCUGAAAUUAACUUGGAUCCUGUGGCCAUUUCUAUGCUUGUUUUCCAACAGUUAUCAAUUAUUAUCGAGAAUAUAUCAGCCAAAUGUCUUCUGCCUGAUUCCUUGUUUCAUUCUACCGAUUGGCUUUCUCUUACGGAGAAGGAUGUUAUUUCCAGUCUUGGAAAUUGUCCACCAGCAACCAGUCUAUGGAAACGCCUGUUUCUUCAUUUCCAAUGUAUUGUAAAUAAUAACAUAAUGACCGUACCAGAAUUGGCAGCUGUCUUCAUUCCUUCGUUGCUACACAAAGACUCGAACUACCAAGCUCAGGCCUUCAACAUAAUAGUGAGCCUGUUGGGAAAUGCAACAGAAACCAAACCACCGCAGCAACAGAGCGAAACAAAAAUGAAACAACAAGAGCAGAGUGUAAAAGAAGUUAGUCAGCAUCAACUAAGUUCAACAGACCCUAAAUCACGGCAACAUCAGCUCCCAACUGAUAUUAAACCACAGCAAGAGGAAAGUGAAAUAGAUAUUAAGGCAUUACAAGAGAAUGCCGACGCUAUGUACCCUCAGGAUUUUCUAUCAGAUUCCUCAUCAGAUUCUUUAGCACCGAUUGCCAAACCCGCUGACACCAAUACAAAUACCUGGCGUAAACAAGAACAAGAGAAUUUUGCAAUGAAACCAGUUUACAGUAAUAGCAAUCCAUAUAGUCAUGAAGAUAAAAAUGUGAGGCACUGUGAUGAUGAGGAGCAAGAUGAAAAAGAUGUUGGAGAUUACCUGCAUGAAACUAAAUCACCAAAAAUGUCAAGUAGCGUCAAUAUAAGUGAAACUCCUGCCUACAAGACAUUGCUCACUGGAUUGAUGAGUUCAAUUUCCCUUGAUGAAGAACUGGCAGAUUCUGAUGGUGAGAGUGAUGAUUUGGAGAAAGAAUUUGGUUCCAGCUUGACGAAGCCCCACCUGAGUGGACUUGUUCCUGAAGCUGGUGAGACACACAAUUCUGCUAUGGAAGAGUCUCCCAGAAAUAUAUCUGCAAAUGCAAAAGAUAACUCCAUUGAUUUCGACUUUUAUGAUUGAACUGCAAUGUGAUAUUUUUGCCAUACAACCCUCGCCUUAUUUAUUUAAUUGUAUUAAAAUCUAAUGAAGUUUUCAAUAAAACUGUCUAGAUUUCACUUA